AGUGGCUUAAAGUCCCACUGAACGACCAACCUGUGUUAAUUCACCAACCAUUGUCGUUAUUCUGUUAGGAAAUACAACGUUGGGAAAUAACAUUACUAAAUCGGCUAAAUAACAAAAUAAAAUUUGAGUUAUUGUUUUUUUAACACGCUUCACUUGUACUUGGAUGUAUUAAUGGAUCGGACUCUUAUAGCGGCAGACACGAAGCAGUAACUACAAACACAAUGUUUAUUAUUGUGAAGUUCGGGAAUAAUGAAUCCCUGCUUUGUAACCCUAGCUGCGCUGUGGUGAAUCUUUUGACUAGUAUAAAAAGACGAACUGGAUAUGGCAACUCAAAUGUUAUACUGGAUUUAUCAGACGAAACGGGAAUGGUAAAAGAAUUGGAUGUGCACAAGAACGAAUACGCCACUAAGUUUUUGAUUUCCCACAGCACGUAUAUAUUGGUCCAAAAAGAGAUUUUAGCAGAUGAGUCUUCCACAGACGGAAACUCCACUCCGACGCCACAUUUUCAGUACGUGCCACUGUUGGAGAAGUACGCAGAGCUGUUCCCUAGUUACAAACUGCACGUGCAAGAGGUUGAGAAGAAAAAGACGCGAAGAACCACGAGCAAGUCGCCCAGUCCUGCAGGACGAUUUCAAUCUAAAGGCAAAAGCAAGAAGAUUUCGAAACGGAAGUGACGUUUUUGUUUCAAAAUAAAGACUUUAAUAAUUUAUUUAUUCUUCUGCUAGAAGUGCAGAAUACGAAUAUUUUAUGUGCCAACAUAACUAAUCUGUCAUCUUGAAAUGCAGACCCUGUGUAUCAAAACGAUAAAAUAAUUUUAAUUUAUAAAACCUUAUGUCUGCACAACAGAGAAUUAUCAUGGUGUAUUUUAACAUAAAAGCAGAACAGAAUCUGUUCAACAGGUGCCUACUCCAACACAAUUUGAAGUGUCUCCCAAUACCCAUUUUUGUUUUAGCGGAUUAAUAUACUGAAUUUAUUAUUUUAGUCGGGAAGAUGUUAUCUUGAUCGGCUGCAUAUUUGGUUGAGUCGUGGGACUUAAGGCUCCCACCCAGAGCGUGUUUUAACGACUCAUUGGAUAGGUGUAAGGCCACUACAUCGACUUUACUCUCAUUGUCUACUAACAACUAACCACUAAUCCACUGUUCUGGACAGACAGCCCAGAUUGCUGAGGUUUGUGUGUCCUGGACAGCGUGCUUGAACCUUAAUUGGAUAUAAGCACGAAAAUAAGUAAAAAAAAUGAAAUGAAAUCUGGGGAAGAUUGCCAUAUUGUGUACAAUAAAUACUGUAGAGACCGUUUUUGUAAGUUUUAGCCUCUCCCUAAAAUAAAUAAAUCUAACAGACACUUACUAACAGCAAGUGUUCAUGAAUCACAAUAAAACCAUAAUAUCAUAUGCUCGUAAAGGGGGCCAUAUUCAGAUUAACCAUUGGCGCCCGACAUGAGUAUCUUCCAAUGCUAUUUGUUACCCAUUUCAUCAUGCAUAGAUGUAUCAUUACAACAGGACACAUGUUAAGAAUGCUAGGUUUUUUUUCUUCUAGAGAUUGAAUUCUGCAUAUAAGCCAGGCGCGGAUCCAGGAUUUUUAAAUGGGGGGGGGGGGGGAGGGCGCGAAGCGCCCGAGAUACCAUAGGGGGGUCCGGGGGCAUGCUCCCCCGCGAAAUUUUGAAAUUUAAGUGGCCUGAAACGCGAUUUCCUCGCAUCUGAGUAACAAAAUAACUAUAUUAACGUAUGUUUUUGGUAUUGUCAUACU